AGUCCGAAGAAUAUUGUUGUUGAUCUUUUUUUUUUUUUUUUCCGCAAAUGGCGGCGAUGAAGAAGCGAGAUUCAGCGGCGAUAGUGAUCAGUAUGGUGUUGUUGUUGCCUUAUUUCGUUAUCCAGAUCAAAUUCUUCUCAAAUUCAAAGUUGAACGUAAGCGUCGCUGAUCAUUCAACCAAGUCUCUUCAAGAAAGCAAACAUUUGGAAGCGAAGACAAUCAGCAGCAGUCGGGACCCACAACAGAACCGACCUCUAUAUUCUUCCCACCGAAAUAGGCGAAUCGUGUGCAAUCGAUCUCACGAUUCCUACGACACCUGCGACGUCAAUGGUCCAACGGUGUUGGACCCCACCACGUCGACAUUUUUCCUAACAGACCCAUCUGGCCCAACAGUGGUGGAAAAAAUCCGGCCCUACCCACGAAAGUUCGAGAAUUCCACGCAGUCCAGAAUAAAGGAGUUGACUCUCGUUUCAGGCCCAAAAGGCCCACCAUGCCAAGUCCAACACAAUGCUCCGGCGCUAGUAUUCAGUGCGGGAGGGUACACUGGAAACUUCUUCCACGAGUUCGGAGACGGGAUAAUCCCGCUCUAUAUCACAAUCAAUACGCUCUUCAACAACCGUCGCCAAGACGUCGUCCUCGUGAUUUCCAAAUCUCGCGAUUGGUGGGUCCACAAGUACUCGGAAGUUCUCCAGAGCCUUAGUAAACACCCAAUCAUAAACCUCGACAACGACACCGUUUCGCAUUGUUUUCCCUACGCUAGAUUGGGUCUCAUCUCCCAUGGCUUCAUGACCAUAAACCCUAAUUUACUCCCAAAUCCAAAAUCCCUAAUUCAAUUCCGAGAUUUCCUUGACAAAUCCUACAGCCAAAAACCAAUCUCCAAGAGCUCCAUACCCAAUCCAUCUAAGACUCGGCCUCGACUCGUUCUAGUGAGUCGAACCGGCAACGUCGGCCGAGUUCUGUUGAACCAGGAAGAGGUAAGGAAAGAGGCAGAGAGAUUAGGAUUUGAUGUGGUCGUGUUCGACCCAUCACCUAGUACGCCUCUGGGAUCAGCGUACGAUCUAAUUAAUUCGAGCCACGCGAUGGUUGGGGUCCACGGGGCUGCGUUGACCCACUUGCUGUUUUUGAGGCCGGGGUCGACUUUUAUUCAGGUGGUGCCACUUGGCGUGGGCUGGUUGGCGGAGGUGUGCUUCGGAAAACCGGCCAGAGAGAUGGGGUUGGCAUAUGCGGAGUACAGGAUCAUUGCCGAGGAGAGUAGUUUGGUGGAGAAGUAUGGGAGGGAUGAAAUGGUCAUCAGAGAUCCGGUGGGUUGGAGAGGGAAGGGUUGGUCCAAUGAGGUUAUGAAUGUGUACUUGAAGGAACAAAAUGUUAGAUUAAAUUUGGAUCGAUUCAGAGGGUACUUGAAAGAAGCUUAUAGAAAAUCAAGGAAGUUUAUGAAGAAGGAAGGGUAGAUUAAUAUAUAGUGGAUGAUUAAUGGAUUUUUGCAAGUUUGGAGUAUGAUAAUGGAAUUAAAC